AUGUCUCGGGAGUACGAUUAUCCACCUCCGAGGUACUCGGAGACCGCUCGGGGAGGGGGCAGGGACUCUUACGACCGGCCACGCCGUCGCAACUCUUUCGACGACCACAGGCCCCGCUACGACGACCACCCAAGGGACCGUCGCCCCAGCCCCAGAGACUACGGCCAUGACACCAGGGAUCGGGAUCGGGAUCGGGAUCGGGACCGUGAUCGCGACAGAGACCGCCCUCGCUACUCAGACCGGGACCGGGAUCGGGACCACGACCGCGACCGGCCACGCUACUCUGACCGGGACCGCGAUGGCAGAGACCACUACUCGGAUCGCGACCACCACUCAGACCGCUAUCGCGACUCGGCAGGGCGCGGCGGCUACGACCGCGACCGCGAGCGAGACCGAGACCGAGACCGAGACCGCUACCCCCCGCGGGCCGGCGGAGGACCAGACCUGCGCCGCUCGGCAACCACGCGCGAAAAGGGCCGCGGCAGCGACGCAGCCGCGUACGGUGCCGCCGGAGCAGCGGGCGGAGCAGCAGCCGCCGCGGCGGGGGCGAGGCCCGGUCUGAACCGCAGCAAAACGACCAAGGACAUCACGGCAGCGCUGAGCAAGCUGCCGUGGAAGCAGGUCGGCAUGGCGGCGUUCGAGGCGGGCGCCAUGGCGGCGGCGAGCCAGCGCGGACAGUGGAACGCGGCCAAGGCCGGCAAGGUCGCCACUUCGGCGCUGGGGGCUGGCUUCAUGGCCGGCGUCAAUAACAAGAACGGAGGUGGCGGCGGUGGUAGUGGUGGCAAAAAGAGCAGCGGCGGUGGUGGCAGCGCCGGCAAGAAUGCGCUGAUGGGCCUUGCUGGCGAGCAGUUGUUGAAGCAGUUUGCCAAGAAGGGGAGCAAGAAAUAA